AUGUCUGGCGACCGGAGUUCGACUGAGAUCAUGAAAGAGCGCAUGCUAAGUGCAUGUGCUGGUUCUUUCCUAACAUCAUUUAUUUUAACUCCGAUGGAUGUGGUUAGAAUUCGGUUGCAACAGCAGGAAAUGAUUCCAGACUGCUCGUGUGGCGCCACUGGUGGUGCUGGUAGUGGGAUCGGUGGAUCAGAGAAGGUUUUGGUUGGUCAGGAAGGUGUAGCGGGAAGAAAUGCGCCGAAAAUCUUCUGGCAAGAUGUGUGUUUCCAAGAUAUCCAGUGUAAGAACAGUGCGCUACGGUUUAACAACACUUGGGACGCGUUUGCGAAGAUAUCUGAGAUUGAGGGUCUAUCUACAUUAUGGAGGGGGCUCAGUAUAACGUUGCUGAUGGCGAUUCCUGCGAAUGUGGUGUACUUUUCCGGGUAUGAGAUGUUCAGGGACCACUCUCCAUUGAGGAACACAUACCCUACGGUGAAUCCGUUGAUAUGCGGUGCCACUGCUCGGAUAUUAGCUGCUACGACGAUAGCACCGCUGGAGCUUCUAAAGACGAGGUUACAGAGCAUACCAAGGUCGAUGAAUGGUGCGAAUACGCAGCAAAUGUUCAAAGAUUUGUUAAAGGAAACUAAAAACGAGAUAGCAGCUGGAGGAUACAAGGUGCUAUUCAAAGGGUUAGAGAUCACGCUUUGGCGGGAUGUGCCGUUUAGUGCGAUAUACUGGUGGUCAUAUGAACUUUAUAAGAAGAAUUGUUGGGUUGAUUUCAGCCAGCAGUAUCUGAGUUUGAAUUUGAGUUCGAACUGGGAUUUCUUCAUCAACAGUUUUCUUGGUGGUAGCAUAAGUGGCACGAACGCUGCAUUGCUGACGCAUCCAUUUGAUGUGGGUAAGACCCGGAUGCAGAUCACGAUGGAUAUAGAAAACAGGAAGAGAAACACGUUGGUCGCGCACAAGGGCGAGAAAGUUUCUGCAAGAGGCAUGUUCAAAUUUUUAUACAAUAUCAAGCAAACUGAAGGUUAUGGUGCGUUAUAUACAGGUCUUUUGCCUAGAGUUAUGAAAAUUGCACCAAGCUGUGCAAUAAUGAUUUCUACAUAUGAGCUUUCCAAGAAGUUCUUUGCGGUAUGA